GCAGCUGAUUGACCGACCGCAAUAGUCUUCGUGGGAUCUUGGAACCGUCAGGAGCAACUGUGUGCCGCUCAAUACCGUUAUCGUCCCCAAGUAUAUAAGGAUUCUCCAUCCUCGCUCCCUGUCUAACUCUCUCUCCCGAGUACUUGCGUUGUCUCUGUUACGCCAUGCGUCCCACGUAACAGCCCCCCAUUUACCACACCUACCGUUGCCAAGUGAAACAGCUGAUCGGGCCCCCGGUGACCGUGAAAAUAAGCCAGCAAAACCGAGCUGACCAGGAGUGCUAGUAGUGUUGGUUUGCCCUGUUGCGCCUGUGUCCGUUUCGCACGCCGCUCCUGGCGUCCAGCCAAACACGCGCUCAACAGAAGCGCGACAAAGUUUGCUCCCCAUCGGGGCUGCCCCAAGAUUUCUGGGGCUCGCAUUCCGUCCGAGGGAAAACUCGUUCGGGCGCGUUAGUUCUCGUUAACCCUUUGCGCGACGUUCAUAUCAAACGAGAGUGCUGGUGCCGGAGGUGACGCACUUGCUGCUUCGCGGUUGGGGCCUCGGGGUCUGGACAAACAUGGUGCUCAUUGUUUGCGCUUACUGCUGCUGUUGAGUAUGCUCAUUCGUGUCACCGCUCUAGUUCCUGGAGUGAAGUGCGUGAUAAAUCAAUCCUCAGACCACCGAGAUCAGUCAUUUAUCAGUGCGGCGUGUGCCAAACACAUAGUUCGCGUUGUAUCUUGCGCUCUUCCGUCGCUUCGCAACCAUCUCAUCUCAAAUCAACGUAGUCGUCGUCGUCAGUAGCACCAGAGUGAGUAGCGCCGUGAUGGAGGCGCCACGCGUUAAGCUUAGUCCGAACCCACGCCAACGGGCCGGCCUCCUGUCGGUGCUCACCUUCUGGUGGACGAUCGAUAUGUUCCGGCAGGGCAACAGGAAGCGGUUCGAGCUUCACGACCUCUACACACCACUCGACGAGGAUCAAGCCGAUCGGUUGGGUGAUCGGUUAGAGAGAUGCUGGAACGAACAACUAGCUCGCAAACAACGGAACCCUGCCUAUCAAUCGUCGCUAGUUCGAGCGAUCUUUCGUUCGCUAUGGAAGGAAUGGGCGAUCCUCUCGGUGUUGGCUCUGCUCGCUGAGGUUGUGUUGCGACUUGCGCAACCAAUCUUUCUCGGCCGACUGUUGCUCUACUUCCGGGCACAGAGUAAUAUCACGCAUCAGGAAGCCAUCUACUAUGCAAUCGCCAUGAUCGUGACGCGUGGCAUUAUCGUGCUCUGUGACAAUCAGUACGGCAUCCUUACCUGCCUGACCGGUGUAAAGACAAAGAUUGCAGUGUGCAGUUUGCUGUACCGAAAAUCGUUGCGCCUCUCGCGAACCGCACUGGGCGAUACGUCACCGGGGAAGGUGGUGAAUCUGCUAUCGAAUGACGUUAAUCGCUUCGACAUCGCUUCCUAUCUCGUGUGCUUCAUGUGGACCUCACCGGUGGUGAUGGUGCUGUCCGCCGUCCUGCUCUGGUAUGAGGUCGGUUGGGCCGGUGUGAUAGGCUUGCUAGCGGUGGCAAUCAUUACACCGAUUCAGUCGUACACCGGUAGCCUAACUUCCCGUUAUCGCCUACGGACCGCAUUGAAAACCGAUGAAAGGAUCCGGCUGAUGGAUGAAAUCAUUGCCGGCAUAGCCGUGAUCAAAAUGUACGCCUGGGAGCGCCCCUUUGCCAAGCUCAUCUCACAGGCACGCUACAAGGAACUGCGCGAGGUGCUCAAGAGUGGCUACUUGCGAGCCACCCACAUGACCUUCCAGCUCUUCACGACCCGUGCCGCCGUGCUAGGCGUUAUGCUAGCGUUUAUUGCACUGGAUGAGGACAUAUCGGCGGCGAAGGUAUUCGUAGCCACUAGCUAUCUUUCGAACGUUUCCUACACGAUGGCGGGCAUGUUCGGGCGUGGUGUUGCCGAGCUCGGUGAAGGAUUGGUGGCCACCCGACGUCUACAGGCGUUCCUAGAGUAUGAUGAGGUUCGCGAGGACCAGAAGACACAGAAAGUAACAGCUGGUCGCGAAUCGAACGGUCAUCUAGUGGAUAAUUGUGAGCCAGCAGAAAGAAAACGGUUGCUUCACGAGGACGAUCAUCCAGCGGAAGACGUGGCCAUAUCGAUGCGCAAUCUUACGGCACGUUGGACCGUUCCGAAUCAUUCCAUCACGGAAUCACCGAUCACGCUGAAAGACAUUAACGUUGACUUUGGGCGCGGUAAGCUUAUCGGUAUCGUCGGGCCGGUCGGAGCGGGAAAAAGCUCACUUUUGCAGGUCUUGCUACGGGAGCUUCCCGUCGAACAGGGUGCCCUCUUGAUGGGAACCAGCCCUUCGCCUACCAUCGCGUACGCUAGCCAGGAACCGUGGCUGUUCAGUGGAACACUCCGGCAGAACAUUCUCUUCGGGGAGUCAAUCGAACAGCAUCGUUACCGGCAGGUGCUGAAGGUGUGCGCUUUACAGCCCGAUUUAGCCCAGCUGCCGGCCGGUGAUAUGACGCAGAUAGGUGAGCGCGGAGUAUCACUGUCCGGUGGUCAGAAGGCACGAGUUUGCUUAGCCCGAGCUGUCUAUCGGAAGGUCGAUGUGUAUCUGCUUGAUGAUCCACUGAGCGCGGUUGAUGCUCACGUUGCCAAGCACCUGUUCGAGCUCUGCAUUGCAAAUGGAGGCUUCCUGACUCGACACAAUUCCCGGGCAACCCGGAUCCUCGUCACCCAUCAGAUACAUUUCCUCCAGCAAGCGGAUUGGGUCGUCGUAAUGAAGGAGGGUAGAGUCGCAGCUCAAGGAACUCCACAUGAUCUACAGGAACGGGGUAUCGAACUGGAGCACAUCGAAAAUCCGGAGGAGAAGGAAGCUCCGAUUGCUCCCAUGCACAGCAGAACGAUAUCGCACACCUCAACUUGCUCGAACGUUACAGUAGACAGUGUACAUCCGAUGGACGAUGGCUCCGAUGCACUAGGUGCGGAGCGGGAUCGUGUGACAAAGGAGGGCACAAAUGAUAAGCCACAUCGCGAUAAGCUACCUGGCUCAAAGGUGUUCCUGCAAUACGUUUCCAGCGCUGGCAGCUGGUUCAUCUUCGUCAUGUUGAUCGCCUUGUUUACAUUCACACAACUAGCGGUCAGCGUGACCGAUUGGUGGGUAUCGUACUGGACCACAGUCGAAGAACAAAGAGCCCUGCAACCUGCAAUACUACGGUCCUCUAAUACCACCGCGGACACUGAAGCGGCAGGACCUAACAUCAUCGGGCAGGAUAUUUGCGUUUACAUCCACGUAACGCUUGUAGCGACUAUUUUCAUUGUGGCCAUGACACGGGCGUUUGGGUUCUACAAAGCGUGCGGUCGUGCUUCCCAGUCAAUUCACGAUCGCGUAUUCCAGGGUUUCAUUGCCGCACCGAUGCGCUUCUUCGAGACGAACCCAUCCGGUGGCAUACUGAACCGAUUCUCGAAGGAUAUGGGUUCGAUGGAUGAGCUGCUGCCGAAAUCGAUCAUGGAUGCGACGCAAACGUUGCUCAUGUUUGCCGGUGCCAUGCUGGUAGUGAUGUUCGUUCAACCAUACUUCCUUGCCCCUAUUUUGCUUUUGCUAGCCGGGUUGCUCGUCACUAGGCGCAUCUAUCUACGAACUUCUCAGAGCACACGUCGCCUAGAGGCAGUUACCAGAUCACCGAUAUUUACGCACAUUGCUGCCACACUGACGGGAUUACCUACGAUACGUUCGUACGGUGUCCAACGGUUGCUCGUCCAGGAGUUCGAUACGCAUCAGAAUGUCAAUACAGGAGCCUGCUUCAUGUUUCACUCGGGUCGCAUUGCCUUUGGGUUGUUACUGGAUACGAUUUUCUUCCUCUUCUUUGCCUCGGUCACGCUGAGCUAUCUGUUGUACGACGACGAUGCCAUCGGGGCCAUCGUUGGGCUUGCAAUCACGCAGAUCAACAGCAUUGGCAGUCAGAUGCAGUUCGGCAUUCGGCAAAGUGCGGAGAUGUUUAAUCAUCUGGUAGCGGUUGAGCGUUUGUUUGAGUAUCGGAAUCUGACUCCGGAAGAAACCCUUGCAGUACCGGAGACAAAAUCAUCUGCAACACCCAGUAUUGCUGCUGUCGCAUCGAUCGUUCCAAGUGAAUGGCCUGCUCAGGGAGUGAUAGAAUUCUGUAACGUUGCGUUCCGUUACGCCGAACAGGAACCGACCGUUCUUCGGCAGCUAUCAUUCCGCGUGAUAGCACGCGAGAAAGUGGGCAUCGUGGGUAGGACGGGUGCCGGUAAGUCGUCCAUAAUAGCGGCCCUCUUCCGGAUGGCGCAGAUUGUUGAGGGAGAGAUCCGGAUCGAUGGCGUUAACACGGCGAACAUUAUGCUAGAGCAGUUGCGGUCGAAAGUUUCAAUAAUUCCGCAAGAUCCGGUCCUCUUUUCUGGUACCUUGCGACGUAACCUUGACCCUUUCGAGAGCUAUCCAGAUGCGGAUCUAUGGCGAGCGCUGGAACUGGUGGAGCUACGUGAACUGGCUAACGAAACAUCCUCAGGACUGGGCCUGCAUGCAUACGUGGCAGCCGGUGGGCAGAACUUUAGUGUUGGUCAACGGCAGCUACUGUGUCUAGCGAGGGCUAUUCUGCGCGGCAAUCGCAUCCUAGUGCUGGACGAGGCGACCGCCAACGUCGAUCCCGACACGGAUCGAUUAAUACAGCGUACGAUACGGGAGCAAUUUGUUGAUUGUACCGUACUGACGAUAGCACACCGGCUCAACACGAUCAUAGACUACGAUCGAGUGGUAGUAAUGGAAGGUGGACGUGCGGUGGAAUUCGGGCAACCGGCCGAGCUGCUCAAGCGCCCCGGAGGAGUUUUUAGGGAAAUAGUGCACGCUACCGGAUCCAACGAGGCCGAAAAUCUGCUCAAAAUGGCACAAAGUGCGGCAAAUCGAACACUAUCUCGAAUAGAAUAGCGCAAAUUUCAAGGGCUUGUGAUUGAACCGACUUCCAGUACAGUACUUACAGCAGAUAGAGUAAAUGUAUAUCCAUAUCUAUAUACGUACAAUAAAAUGUGUUGUAAACAUCA